AUGGCGGCGGCUGCGCGCCUGUUCCGCGGGGCUGCCCGCGGCCCGCCCGCCCUAGCCUUGGCCCGGGCGCUGGGCUCCGCGCCGCCGGGGCCGGCGGGCCGGGGGGCGCGGCGGGCCGCGCUGGCGGCCGCGGGGGCGCUGGGCGGGCUGGGGCUGGGGCUGGCGCUGGGGCUGUGGCGGCGGCGGCAAGUCGCGUUGGCGGCGGCCCGGGAGGACGAGGAGGAGAAGGAGCUGCGGCAGCGGUUCAUGGCGCCGCCGGUGAGCGGGCUGCGGGAGCUGCGGCGGCGGCGGCGGGAGCUGCGGAGCCGCAUGGAGCUGCUCAUCAUGGAGACGCAGGCGGAGGUGUGUCGCGCCCUGGCCGCCCUGGACCCCGGCGCCUCCUUCGUCGUUGACAGCUGGGAAAGGAAAGAAGGCGGAGGCGGCAUCAGCUGCGUGCUGCAGGAUGGCGAGGUCUUCGAGAAGGCGGGUGUGAACGUGUCCGUCGUGUCCGGGCUCCUGUCGGAGGAGGCAGCGCGGCAGAUGCGGAGCAGGGGGAAGUCUCUGAAGGCCAAGGACGGGAAGCUGCCUUUUUGUGCCAUGGGUGUGAGCUCUGUUAUCCAUCCAAAGAAUCCUCAUGUUCCAACCAUGCACUUCAACUACAGAUACUUUGAAAUUGAAGAAGCAGAUGGAACUAAACAGUGGUGGUUUGGUGGUGGGACUGACCUCACUCCAACUUACCUGAAUGAAGAGGAUGCUGUUCAUUUUCACAAAACUCUGAAAGAAGCCUGUGACAAGCACGAUCUGAAGCUGUAUCCCAAGUACAAGAAAUGGUGUGAUGACUACUUCUAUAUCAAACACCGUGGCGAGCGAAGAGGGAUUGGAGGCAUAUUCUUUGAUGAUAUGGACUCUCCCUCCAAGGAGGAAGUAUUCCAGUUUGUAAAGAGUUGUGCCAAAGCUGUCGUGCCUUGUUACAUUCCCAUUGUGAAAAAGCACUGCCAUGACUCCUUUACACCAGAGGAAAAGCUAUGGCAACAGCUUCGGAGAGGACGGUAUGUAGAGUUCAACUUGCUUUACGACAGAGGUACAAAGUUUGGCCUCCUGACACCAGGAUCAAGAAUUGAAAGCAUUCUUAUGUCUCUGCCACUGACUGCAAGGUGGGAGUACAUGCACAACCCACCAGAGAGCUCCAAAGAAGCAGAAAUCCUGGAGGUUCUGCGAAAUCCCAAAGACUGGGUGCACUGACACGGAUCAUGAAGAUGUUGGAUUGCUUUCACUGAGCCAUUCUGAGAGAACAGGAAUGCCUGCAAACCAGCCCAUUCAAACUGAUGUUGUGUGGUGUUUCAGUGUGUCUAUUUAUACUCUUACCUCCUGCCUUAAUUAUGCUGUAGACUUGUUAGAACUUGCAUAUGUGUGAACUCA